AUGGAAAUAAACGCUCCACUAUCCCGCGUUUAUGAUAACUGCAAUGUUAAGGUAGAUGGUACCCGUGUCAGUGCCAGCUGUCGUCUUUCCAUGGCUGGCAUCAGCUUCACCAUCUAUACCAACGCGAUUCAAAUGAUACACUACAUGAUUAAAAAUAUGGUGGCUGGAAGCUACCACCACGUGACAGGUGUCUUUUCGGCUUCGGCCUAUAUUUCCCAAACCUCUACCCGUGCAAUCCUAAGUAUUAGAGUAAGUCCUUCCUUGUUACGUCCGGUCGUAGUCGAUCGCAGCACGACACCUACCGACGCCAUUGAAGUUAAUGACACAGCCUACCACCACGGGAAAAAAUAA